AUGUUGUGGAAAAUGCUGAUUGCGUCUUUGUGCGUCAUGGGAGUAGCCGUGGCCGAGCAGUCGCCCGUAUUUCUGUGGGGAGCCAACAGCCUUGCAAAACCAGCACUCCGUUCAGUUCCUCAAACCGAGUUUGCCGACGAGAUGGCAACGUUGUUAAAUGAUCACAUGGUUGUGGCUUUCAAGGAAAAUAACCUCAUCAAUAGUGACUUUCUGUGCGAGAACGACAAAUCGGAAUCCUGCUACGUCUACCUGCGCGGUGUUAGCCCAAAGAACUACUACUCCAAUGUCCAAAAUCCCACUGAGGCCUUGCGUUCUGUGGCUUCCAAGCGUGAACACAAUACCAUCGACAGCACCGGCCAGUUUGUGAGUCCAGUCAACUGCACCGUAGGCACCGCCCUCUUUGUGACCUUUGACGAUGUCAAGGAAACACGCGCAGCUACCCUUGAGUCACAUGAUGCCGCAAUCUCCUCUAUCAGCAAGCAAUUUAAUUGCAAUGUGGCCUAUCUGUAUUUGGCCGCACCAACAACUUCACCCGUCGUUCAGAGACGUACCCGUCGUGAUGUUAGUGACACAGCUGCUGUUACAGGUGGCAUCAGGUGGACUAGCGGAAACCAAUUUAUAAUAUUUUACACCGCACUCCAACAGCAGCAGACAGCAAUUCAAGUUACCGGCAUGCAAAUAACGAACUCUUCUACACCUAACACUCAGUUCUCAGUAUCAUUGCAAACUUCAGGACCGGCGAUUACCUUCGAUAUUGUGCUUACAAGCGACGGUUAUUACAACUUGGAAAAUCUCCAAUACAAUAAUAUCGUAUAUCGAACAACUGGUAUUAACGCGCCUACCACAUUUUCGUAUUUUUGCGGAAAUUUAACGCUUGAGGCUAGCGACGGUAGCGCCAAUACCCUAACCUUCUCAUCGCUGCAGUUUCAGGCACCCUUUAACGCCGCCACCCCCAACGAUUUUUCCUUUGGAGAUGCUUGGCAUUGUGUGGGUUUUGUUACACCCGCCAUUCUAAUGGGCCUGUUGGUUGUGGCCCUGUUAUUGGGAAUUAUGUUCGUUGGAGUCUGCUGGAUGAUGGACAUUAACACAAUGGAUCGUUUUGAUGAUCCAAAGGGCAAGACAAUCACGAUCAAUGCUGGCGCUGAAUAAGCACGCAGCCGCUGUCCUCCAGUGCAAACUUUUUCUUUGUUUCACAGUUUAUGUUCAAUUUAUUCAAUAUUCAUUCAUUCCCUCUGCUAGUUCACCGUCUAUCUAUACAUAUAUGUAUACAUAUAACCUUGUCAAUAACAAAACAAUACCGUAAAAACCAAGGAAAUUAGUUAAAUUCACAAUAUAUAUAUCAUACACAUGUAAUUUUCGCCACCAAAAGCCAAUGGAUAAUCAGCAUCAAUCAAAUCUUCCGCUGGCUUUUUUUGUCGAAAAUUGUUAGAAAAAUUCGCAUUUUUGCUUGCGACGACUUAAUGCAGCUGCAUUCGAUGUUCUACUGCAGUAUUUCACUUUAUUUAGCCUAUAAAUGUCGUAAAAUUAAAACUUAAAGAAAAUACAAAACAAAAGACGCACAGUGUAGUUGUGUGCUUGUGUGUGAGAUUGUUGGGGAUUUUAGCUCCCAUUUUUGUUUGCGAUAAUAUGCGAAAUAAUUUAUGCCUUUGUAAUUUUAUUUAUCAGUCUAUGUAUGCGAAAAACAGACUCCAAAUAAAGUUUUUCGAUUGUGUUACAAA